AUGCCUACCGUGGAAAAGCUAAAUUGGCUGCAGAGGAUAAGUGCUUCGAUCAACUACCUAGGUAGUGGACCGCAAGUUGACAUGAAAUUCCUUGAAUCGAUCAAUUCUACUAGCUUGAAUCUCCUGGCAAUCGGUGGCAACAAUUUCGAAGGUACGUUGCCUGAAUCCAUAGGCAACUUCUCUUCCCAGUUGAGUAUAAUGUCGAUGGAGUACAAUCAAUUGUCUGGAAAUAUCCCUCCAAGCAUUGGAAACUUGCGUGGCCUAGAAUUAUUGCGCAUAGACAAUAACAAGUUCACGGGCAAUAUUCCUGAUACCAUUGGAAAUCUCAUCAAGCUGAAGCGGUUUCGUGCUCAUAUGAACAAACUCACCAGGAAUAUCCCUUCCACGAUAGGGAACUUGACGGAGCUAAUCGAACUCUCCUUGAAAGGGAACAAUUUACAAGGGAGCAUUCCUCCGAGGAAUAUCUCGUCAUUCUUGAGGUCCUUGAAUGGUCUUCAGUACCUAGACCUCUCGAGUAAUAAUUUUUCUGGCCUUGUUCCGACAUUCUUGGAGAAAUUUCAAUUGCAGUACCUGAAUCUAUCUUUCAACAACUUCGAGGGUGAGGUACUGAGCAAAGGGGUGUUCCUGAACACGAGCGCAACUUCGCUCAAAGGAAACGAUAAACUCUGUGGCGGUAUGUCAAUCCUAGAUUUGCCAAGUUGUUCGACGAGCAAGGGAAAACAUGGAUCAUCUAUCUCCCGUUCCGUUAUCAUUAUUGUUACAUGUGGGAUAGUAGCGGCGCUCAUUCCUCUAGUGCUACUGAUGACGUUUUAUUGGUUGAGGAGGAAGAAAAGUGAGGCUCCUCUAGAGACUCCAUCGAUAAGGGGAUUUCAGCAAGUGUCUUAUGAAGACUUAGUCAAAGCAACAGACGGAUUCAGCUCUAGCAAUUUUAUCGGAAUGGGUGGUUUCGGCUCCGUGUAUAAAGGGAACCUAGCAGAUGAAAACAAAAUAGUGGCAGUGAAGGUUUUUAACUUGAAGCAACAAGGAGCAUCCAAAAGUUUCACGGCAGAGUGCGAAGUCCUCAAAAACAUAAGGCAUCGGAACCUUGUUAAGAUUCUAACAGCUUGUUCUAGUGUCGAUUUCCAGGGCAAUGAGUUUAAGGCUUUGGUCUAUGAUUUCAUGGAAAAUGAUAGCUUGGAGGAGUGGUUGCAUCCGUAUCUUGCACCAAAUGGGACGCCAAGGCAUGAAUUAACUUUUGUUCAAAGACUAAACAUUGCUUUCGACGUAGCAUGCGCAGUAGAUUAUCUCCAUCAUCAGUGCCAAAUGGAGGUGAUCCAUUGUGACCUCAAACCGAGCAACAUUCUACUGGAUGCCCAAAUGAAUGGACAUGUCAGUGACUUUGGCUUGGCUAAGAUAUUCCCAAACGCCAUUGGUGAUUUGCUAGUGAGUCAAACCAGCUCAAUUGGACUUAGAGGAACCAUUGGCUAUGCUCCUCCAGGUGGUGGAGACAGCGACGUCACGAAUGCCGAGAUCUCGGAGCGUGGACUGGAAGUUGCGGAGGGCGGGGACGAGGAGGCCGGCGUAGUUGGGGUGCGAGUCGAGGACAUUGCUGCCGACGGAGAUUGCCGAGACCCGAGCACGAGGGUAGAAGGGGACGGCGUGGCGGUAGAGCCAGGAGAGGGUGACGGAGCGGUUAGCAACGAGGGAGGGGACGAGGGCGUUGGGGACGGAGAGGAGGAGGGAGGUGUUGGACUAGAGGAAGGCCCAGAGGAGCCGCAGGGUGGGGUCGAGGAGGCGGACGGGGGAUCCUGA